AUGUUGAACAUGAAAGCCUCUGCCAGACUAUAUCAAUCCCAAAACAUUGCUGUGCUCUUCACUCGUAGGCCAAAAAAUCCUUGGAGAGAUGGAUCAACACUUCCUAAGGCAACAACUCGCGAGCACUUCACCUGGGAGGAGGCGCCGACAUUGAAACUCCCCGCGUCUGACCUGAUGGAGCACAAAGUACUUCGAUUCUUUUGCUUUUUUAAGUCGCAUGUCGAUGAAGACAAGACGCAAAAUAUACGAGUUCGGAAGUGCCACCUGUACUACUACCUCGAGGACGACACAGUUCAAAUUGAAGAACCGCAGAUUGACAACAGUGGACUUCGGCAUGGAACUCUCAUCAAGCGGCAUCGCAUUCAGAAUGCUAGCGACCCGACUGUCUACAUUUCGCCGUCUGAUCUUCGCAUUGGCAAGGAGAUAACCAUCUACGGUGUAACCCUUCGAAUGGCUGAUUGUGACGAGUUUACGAGGAACUGGUACAAACAAUCAGGCAACGAACAACCGCCACCUGAGGAAAUUCCACAAGACAGCUUCGUGAAGAUGCGUCGGUUAUCGGAACUUCAUAACUGCAAAGUUCCCAUGACUUAUGACAAGCAAUACCGCGAAGUGAUGCUUGGAGGAGGUUUCGUCAAUCAAGACAUGCAGCAAUUUAUGGAGAAAGACCGAAUGGUGUGCCGAUUUUUCGCCUCGUACGAUGAUUCGCUGUCUACCAUAUUCGAAAGAAGGCUGAUGGUCAUAUUGUUUUACCUCUGUGACGAUACCAUUGAAAUCCGUGAGCACCUCCCGCCGAACAGCUCUCGCCCGCAUUUCCCCGUGUACUUUAGACGGCGCAAGCUUCCCAAAACCAAGGUUGGUCCUCUGGGACCUUGUGACCCCUUGCUAAAGAAGGAAGACUAUUUCCAGAUUACGGAUUUCAAGGUCGGAUCAGUGAUGCGGAUGCUAGACGUUGACCUCUUCAUCUACGACGCAGAUGGAUUCACCAGGGAAUACUUCAGUGCCGCUCAGUGUGACUCCUUGCUGCAUGAGGUUCACAACAUCAACCGUGGUCCUUGGCUAUUCAGGCGCGAACUUAAAACCGAACUGGAUCCCGCUGUUAACGUCUGCAUCGAGCUGCCCUCACCUCCUGAUCCUCCGGUGCCCCUUCCAACUGGAUAUGGUACCGAAAGUGACUCAAUGACAUCCGUUAAAUACAUCGUCCCCAAGCAAAGGAUUGAGCAGUACAAAAAGUCAAACGAACUCGACGGCAAGUGCCUGCGUUAUCUUGCACACUUGUUGGAGCCCCUUGCCCCCGGUCAAAAAAAACGGCUGUUUUGUAUCGAGUACCACUUGGCGGAUGAACAAGUUGCCAUUACUGAAAUCCAUCAAAGGCACAUGUUUUACCAACAGCCCCGGCUUUUGAAUAAACUCGCGAAGGAAUUCAGCCACAUGACUGUUGGGAAAACGGUCACGGCGAGCCAAGUGUGCGAGGCAUUGAAAUCAAUAGGUCACGAAUAUCCCCUGAAAACCGUCCAGAGGUGCAUUGCAUACCUGUUUCCUGAAAAAGCAUUUGAGGAAAUUGAUUACAACCAAUUCAUCCAGGUGGGAACUGUGAAUCGUGUAAGCUUUAGCACGGUCCGGCAUGCACACCAUAUUGCUUCGAAACUCGAAACAUAUAGCCAGGCGUUCCUCAACCCAUUUCCUGUGCGUCUUUGGAAUCAGACUGUGUGCACGUCGUACAACGACUUGCCUGCUGAGAGGUGA